AUGGGGCUGCAGCCCCUGGAGUUCAGCGACUGCUACCUCGACAGCCCGUGGUUCCGGGAGAGGAUCCGUGCCCACGAAGCGGAGCUGGAGAGGACCAACAAGUUCAUCAAAGAGCUCAUCAAGGACGGCAAGAACCUCAUCGCCGCGACCAAAAGUCUCUCGGCAGCCCAGCGGAAGUUCGCGCACUCCCUCAGAGACUUCAAAUUCGAGUUCAUCGGAGAUGCAGAGACCGAUGAUGAACGCUGCAUAGAUGCUUCCUUGCGUGAAUUUUCUAAUUUUUUGAAGAAUCUGGAAGAACAGAGGGAAAUCAUGGCAUUAAGUGUCACCGAAACCCUGAUUAAACCCUUGGAAAAAUUCAGAAAAGAGCAACUCGGAGCUGUCAAGGAAGAAAAAAAGAAGUUUGACAAAGAGACUGAAAGGAACUAUAGCCUAAUUGAUAAACAUUUGAAUUUAUCAGCAAAAAAGAAAGACUCACAUUUGCAAGAGGCAGAUAUCCAAGUGGAACAGAACCGGCAACACUUUUACGAACUGUCUCUUGAAUAUGUGUGUAAGCUUCAGGAAAUCCAAGAAAGGAAGAAGUUUGAGUUUGUGGAACCCAUGCUGUCAUUUUUUCAGGGAAUGUUUACUUUCUAUCAUCAGGGCCAUGAACUUGCCAAAGACUUCAAUCACUACAAAAUGGAACUGCAGAUCAACAUUCAGAAUACACGGAAUCGUUUUGAAGGAACAAGGUCAGAAGUGGAAGAACUUAUGAACAAGAUCAGACAGAAUCCCAAGGACCACAAACGAGCAAGUCAGUUCACAGCGGAAGGCUACCUGUAUGUACAGGAAAAAAGGCCUCCUCCAUUCGGUUCCAGCUGGGUCAAACACUACUGCAUGUAUCGGAAAGCGGCCAAGAAGUUCACCAUGAUCCCGUUUGAGCACAGAUCCGGGGGGAAGCUUGGGGAUGGAGAGGUCUUCUUUUUGAAAGAAUGUACCAGGAGACAUACUGACUCCAUUGACAGAAGGUUUUGCUUUGACGUGGAAGCUGCUGACCGGCCUGGUGUUUCCUUGACCAUGCAGGCGUUUUCCGAAGAAGAGAGGAUGCAGUGGUUGGAAGUUCUGGGUGGAAAAGAAGCUCUGUUCCCUAGUUUUAAUAGAGCCAUCAUCCCAAGACCAGAAGGAAGUGCACAAUUGGAUAAGAUGGGAUUCACAAUUCUUAGAAAAUGCAUCCGUGCAGUUGAAACACGAGGUAUAAAUGACCAAGGAUUGUAUCGAGUUGUGGGGGUGAGUUCAAAGGUCCAGAGACUUCUGAGUAUGUUGAUGGAUGUGAAGACCUGCAAUGAGGUAGACCUGGAGAAUUCCAUAGACUGGGAAGUGAAGACAAUAACAAGUGCCCUGAAGCAGUAUUUGAGGAGUCUUCCAGAGCCGCUAAUGACCUAUGAGUUACAUGGAGAUUUCAUUGUUCCAGCCAAAAGCGGCAGCCCGGAAUCUCGUGUUAAUGCUAUCCAUUUCUUGGUACACAAACUGCCAGAAAAAAAUAAAGAAAUGUUGGAUAUUCUGGUGAAACACUUAACUAAUGUUUCAAAUCACUCCAAGCAGAACCUCAUGACCGUGGCAAAUUUAGGAGUGGUGUUUGGACCAACUCUCAUGAGGCCACAGGAAGAAACUGUUGCUGCCAUCAUGGAUUUGAAGUUUCAGAACAUUGUUGUGGAAAUUUUAAUUGAAAACCAUGAAAAGAUUUUUAGGACCCUGCCUGAUGCCACAUUGCCUGAGCCAGUCCCCCUGUCAGCACCCCCAAAUGCUCCGCCAAGACAAUCGAAGAGGCAAGGCCAGAGGACUAAGAGACCCGUGGCUGUAUAUAACCUCUGUCUUGAACUAGAAGAUGGUGACCGUCCCAGUCUUCCUAAGGAGGACACCCCUCCCAGCAGCCUGGACUCACUUUCCUCGCCAUCUCCCACGACUGCCACUGCCCUUGGGCCCCCUGGACCAGACAGGAACCAUCUGCUUACGGAUGGGGGCAGCUGUGGGGACUGGGCGUCCACUGCGCCAAGCCAGGCGCGAUCAUCCACAGUCCAGUGGCUUAACCCUCAAUCCCCAACCACGCCGGGCUGCAGUCCAGGUGUUACACCUCCUUCACCCAAGCUGUCACCUUUCCCCCUGUCUCUUCCUGCCACUGUAGCAGACAAGCCACCUGAAAGCGUCAUCAGUCGGAAGGCCCGGGCGGUGUACCCCUGUGAAGCGGAGCACAGCUCGGAACUGUCCUUUGAGAUUGGAGCGAUCUUUGAGGAUGUGCAAACCUCGAGGGAGCCUGGCUGGCUGGAGGGGACUUUGAAUGGCAAGAGGGGGCUGAUUCCACAGAAUUACGUCAAGCUGCUGUAG